AUGGCCCUACCAUGGGAGAAAGGGACACUGUUCCCAGAGGCGUACAUGACAAAGGUCCCCGAGAAAAUUCGCCGCCAAGAACGCGACCUGUCCGAGGUCUACAGCAUUGAAGGCUCCGGAUAUCCAGAAGGGAUGUUCCAAGUCAAGCCCAAGUUCAUUGCGCAUGAAUCUGGCCUCUUCUAUUUCGAUUACGGAGCUGUCCGCCUCGGGCGCAGGCCCAAUUUGGAGGACGCUGGUUCCGGAAACAACAUGGUCUGCGUCGGGCUUGGCUGGCUCCCUGGGUGGCAGUUCACAGUCAGCGAGCGCGGACUCCCUGAUACUGUUCCUGUGCCAAAUCAUCCUGGCCGGACGGGUACUGCUGAAAAAGAUGCCUCCGAGGAGGGCGUGCUGGGACUGGUAUAUCAACUCGUCAGCCCGAACCAGCCGACGUAUGGGCGGUCCCCCUUUUCCAAAAGGAAGAUACCAGACAUCGAUACCCUAUCAUACGCAACUGGAAAAGACUGGGCAGCCGCCGUGCCGUUUCACCCAAAUCUCAAGGUUCUCAAACAGGUCCGUAUCUAUCUCCACGUGUUCGACGGCGAGAUUGGGCACCGAUACCAGAAGGAUGGCUCAGUGGUGCUAUUCAGGACGCCCAGUCGGCCUGUGAAGGCGGUCGUUCAUGUCGAUCCGGAAAAGCUGCUGGCUAUGAGGGAGGAGCCGAAACUCGCCAAGAGACAAUUGCAGGGAGAAUGGGCGGUGAAGGAGCUGGAGAAGUGGACGAAAGAAGCUGGGUUGCCACGAGAGUAUGUCGAGAAGGUCAUGGGGGAGUAUAUACCACUAGGAGUGAAGCCUGCACCUAAUAUCAAGGGCCGGUCGGAAGGAGGGCUGCUGAAAUUUCUUGGCUUCAAAACUUGA